GCCCGCAGCCCGCCCCCCCGCGGCCCCGGGGCCGGCCCCUCUCGGGCUCCCGCUCCCCGCGCGCAAGAUGGCUGACCCGGCUGCGGGGCCGCCGCCGAACGAGGGCGAGGAGAGCACGGUGCGCUUCGCCCGCAAAGGCGCCCUCCGGCAGAAGAACGUGCACGAGGUGAAGAACCACAAAUUCACCGCCCGCUUCUUCAAGCAGCCCACCUUCUGCAGCCACUGCACCGACUUCAUCUGGGGCUUCGGGAAGCAGGGAUUCCAGUGUCAAGUUUGCUGCUUUGUUGUGCACAAGCGGUGCCAUGAGUUUGUCACGUUCUCCUGCCCUGGCGCUGACAAGGGCCCAGCCUCUGAUGAUCCCCGGAGCAAACACAAGUUUAAGAUCCACACAUACUCCAGCCCCACGUUUUGUGACCACUGUGGGUCGCUGCUGUACGGACUCAUCCACCAGGGGAUGAAAUGUGACACGUGCAUGAUGAACGUCCACAAGCGCUGCGUGAUGAACGUCCCCAGCCUCUGUGGCACAGACCACACGGAGCGCCGCGGCCGCAUCUACAUCCAGGCCCACAUCGACAGGGAGGUCCUCAUCGUUGUCGGAAGGACGUGGAGGAAAGGCAGCCUUUGUCAGGUGGGAACAGAGCCCUCACCAGGAAGCCAGUGUUCAGCUCCCUGGUCUCACUUUCAGCCUCCAGCACUGGGAGAAAUACCUGCCUGUCGUGUAACCCACCCCGUCCGUGUUGAACAUUCGCUAUCGCAGCCUGAGCAGACUAACACCGUCAGUCCCCGAGGCCGGCUGCUGAGGACAGAGUCAUUCGCUGCUUCUCUUCCUCCAGAGCUCAGCUCAUUCUCACCAUCAGGGAGACUGACAGUGAUCCCCCUUACACGUCCUUCCCCCACUGAAGAUGCUCAUGACAUCCUGAAUGUGAACUUGCGUCAGCGGCCAGUUAAACCUCUCAGGCCCACCAUUCCAGGUGCUGCUAGCUGGCAUCCUCACGUCCUCGUGCGAGUUGUUAUUAUCAUUCAGACUGAACGUCAGGCCCUGAUAGACCUCAUCCUGUUGGAUUUGGCCCUUCGCUCUCAGGGCCAUCUGGAGAGCUGCCCUGGGCAACCUAAUAGCAACCAAAAGCUAAGGAAAAAGGUUUUAGCUCAGUAUUUCACAGUGACGAAUGAACAUCACAGAUAUGGAGAGGAACUUCUGGUCACCUUGAACGUGAAAAUCAGCAAGAAUCCCCACUUUCAGCUGAAAGAAUCGGAUAAAGAUAGAAGACUGUCAGUAGAGAUUUGGGACUGGGAUCUGACCAGCAGAAAUGACUUCAUGGGAUCUUUGUCAUUUGGGAUUUCUGAACUGCAGAAAGCUGGUGUUGAUGGCUGGUUUAAAUUACUGAGCCAGGAGGAAGGCGAGUACUUCAAUGUGCCUGUGCCGCCAGAAGGAAGUGAGGGCAAUGAAGAAUUGCGGCAGAAAUUUGAGAGGGCCAAGAUCGGUCAGGGAACCAAGGCUCCGGAAGAAAAGACGACCAAUACCAUAUCCAAAUUUGACAACAAUGGCAACAGGGAUCGGAUGAAACUAACUGAUUUUAACUUCCUGAUGGUGCUGGGCAAAGGCAGCUUUGGCAAGGUCAUGCUCUCAGAGCGAAAAGGCACAGAUGAGCUCUAUGCUGUGAAGAUCCUGAAGAAGGAUGUUGUGAUCCAGGAUGAUGACGUGGAGUGCACCAUGGUGGAGAAGCGAGUGCUGGCCCUGCCAGGGAAACCGCCAUUCCUGACCCAGCUCCAUUCCUGCUUCCAGACCAUGGACCGCCUGUACUUUGUUAUGGAGUAUGUGAAUGGAGGUGACCUCAUGUACCACAUCCAGCAAGUUGGCCGUUUCAAAGAGCCUCAUGCUGUAUUUUAUGCUGCAGAAAUUGCCAUCGGCCUGUUCUUCUUACAGAGCAAGGGCAUCAUUUACCGUGACCUAAAACUUGACAACGUGAUGCUGGAUUCUGAGGGGCACAUCAAGAUUGCUGAUUUUGGCAUGUGUAAGGAAAACAUCUGGGAUGGGGUGACAACCAAGACAUUCUGUGGCACUCCAGACUACAUUGCACCUGAGAUAAUUGCUUAUCAGCCCUAUGGGAAGUCUGUGGAUUGGUGGGCAUUCGGAGUUCUGCUGUAUGAAAUGUUGGCUGGGCAGGCACCCUUUGAAGGGGAGGAUGAGGAUGAACUCUUCCAGUCCAUUAUGGAACACAAUGUGGCUUAUCCAAAGUCCAUGUCCAAGGAAGCUGUGGCCAUUUGCAAAGGGCUGAUGACCAAACACCCAGGCAAACGAUUGGGUUGCGGACCUGAAGGUGAACGUGACAUCAAAGAGCACGCAUUUUUCCGGUAUAUCGACUGGGAGAAACUUGAACGCAAAGAGAUUCAGCCUCCGUAUAAGCCAAAAGCUAGAGACAAGAGAGAUACCUCCAACUUCGACAAAGAGUUCACCAGGCAGCCUGUGGAACUGACUCCCACUGAUAAACUCUUCAUCAUGAACUUGGACCAAAAUGAAUUUGCUGGCUUCUCUUAUACUAACCCAGAGUUUGUCAUUAAUGUGUAGGUGAAUGCAAACUCCAUUGUCGGGCCUGGGUGUCAGACUUCAGGCCCAGUGUAUGUAUCAAUUCUAGUCUUCCAGGAUUCAUGGUGCAUAUGCUGGCAUUCAACAUGUGGAGAGCUCAUCUUAGAGGGCUUUUCUCUGUAUGUGUAGCUUGCUAGUUUGUUUUCUACAUUUGAAAAUGUUUAGUUUAGAGUAAGCGCAUUAUCCUAUUAUUAGAGGUACAGUUUUCCAACUUCCAGAAACUCAUCCAAUAAACAGACAAUGUCACAACUACUGUGUCUGAUACCAAAAUGCUUCAGUAUUUGUAAUUUUUAAAGUCAGAAGCUAUGUUCCUGGUACAAGUUUUUACAGUUAUUCUACAAUAUCUUCUUUGAAUGCUAAGCAUGACUGAUAUUUUUAAAAGUUGUGAGUAAGCUUUGCAGUUACUGUGAACUAUUGUCUCUUGGAGGAAAAUUUUUGUUUAAGAAUUGAUAUGAUUAAACUGAGUUAAUAUAUGCAAA